UACCUCCUAGCAAUAGGCAACUAGUGCUUUUAUAUCUAGACGUUCUUGUUUAUCGUACUUGCUUUUUAAUGUGCUUGUUUAUAUAGUCGCUUAGAUAUAUGUGCUUAACUAUAAUUCAACAUGGCACCCUCUUAAGUAUUUAAGUUGUACACAUUAUCUAGUAGCUGACAGCGAUUAAUAUCGUUAAUUCUUUUGACGUUGAUUUCGGGCAAUAUCCAAUAUUUGUCCUGUAUCCUAAUGGCGUGCAUCCUAAUGGCGCAUCACCCAAUAGGCCCAUAUUAUAAGUUUCGAUCGAUGAACCUAACUUGUUAACUGUUUGCUUACAGACGUUAUAGCGUUCAAUCUGGGAGGAAAACCUGUAUAUAAGAGUCGCCAAAGGCAGAUCAAGGAGGGUGGGAUGUGGUCGCCUCGCCUACCAUUGUCCAGACGCCUGCCGUGUGGGCAAGAUCUCUGGCUCUCUCCACACACACACAUAUACAAGCCUAAUACAGUGAACGAAUAUCUGUUACCUAUUGCAAUAUAUAUAUCCAGUAUAAAUUAACCUCAAGGUUUAAUUAAGACGGCGUGAUAUUACUAUGGGGUUUUAACAUGUUAAUUUCAUACGUGGAAUGUGAGUGUGCAAUGUUUCGCUACAGAGGCAGCUUGUGAAAAAUGAUGUUUGUAUAUACAGCAUAACGGAAUUUUAAGACCAAGUGCAUUUUACUGGGUAAAAAGUGUGCCGUGUAUGUACUAGUGCAGAGUUCUGCAGAACAUUAAAAUUAAAGGUCAACCACAAGCUGGUAAAAAUUUUGAUAUGGGUACACUAGGCCGUUUUGCAUGCCUCGCUACCUGGUCCUUGGCUCUAAUCGCAAUCUGUCGUUUACUAAACUUUCUCAUGACUGUACCUCAAUAUUUUCACAAGACAAGACCGGUGGUAAACAUAUCUCGGAGUACAUCGCAGCCGUUGCUGACUGGUGGUCCGUCUGUAGGAGCACCGAUGGUGAUAGCUGUGUGCGAGGCUGCUGGCGACAACAACUACAGUCUGGUCAACAACGCCAGCACCUUAGAGGAGGCGCAGCAGUACACAAACCAUCUCCGUACGUUGUGGGCGAGACAAGCCGAGCAGCUGACUACUAUGCUCAAGACGCUCCUCUACUUCAGUAAGGCUGAUAAAUGGCGCAUCAUCGUCAUGACGGACGCGCUGACCACCUUCCACAAAGUGUUAAAGCUGACACGAACGUUUCCAGAGGACCAGAAGCGGAGGCUUGAGCUGCAACAUGAGAAUGUUUGGUUCCCAGACAACUUCCCAGGGAUAAAGGAGCACUGGAGGCCAUGUGUGUGGGCUAAACAGUUCCUGGCCGAAGCUCUGCCUCACGAAGACGCUGUUGUAUAUUUUGACACAGAUGUGGUGUUCCUGGGUCCUGGUGAAGAAGUGUGGUGGUUGUUGAGGCGGAUGGAGGCUAGUCAAGCAGUGGCUCUGGCUCCUGAACCACAGUACACGUUGGAUGACCCCAGACGGCCGUAUGCAGGCAGUGUUGGACUCAACACGGGAGUCAUGGCCGUCAACCUGACACGGCUGCGACAGCUGCCUGGAGGUGGCCUGGGUAGUGCUAUACUACUGGAAGGCGCCAUUGACCCACCACCGCGUCACGACCAGGAUGCUCUAAACCACUUUUUAAUUAACAAACCUCACCUGGUACAAGAAGUAACAUCACGAUGGAACUUCAUACCAUCUUCUUGCUUCAGCGUCGCUCCUCCGUGUCCAGACUGUCUCUCCUCCGGCAUCCUCGUCCUCCACGGAGCAGACAUGACUUUCUACAGAAAUGUAGAAAUCAAAUUCUUGGUGAUGUAUGGUAUUCUGUCGAGGCUGCAACUGGACGAUGAUCCUAGGAGGUUGCUAGCCCGAGUGAACGAGCAGCUGGCUGUCAGAGACUCGUGGACACCCUUGUUUCCCUGCAGUAACUACACCAACCUCACCCAGGCUCUUACUCUUGGCCUCACCGACGCCGCCUCCCUCACACCACUCACUCUUCACCAGUGACCGUGCUUGUAUGUGCCUUCUGAAGAUAGACCCAGUAUGUUUUGGACGCCGUUUUGCUUUGUGACACAGUAUGGCUAAACUUUCUGGCUAGUUUGUCCAUGACUUAAAAACUUACGUUAGUACACCUCGAUGGGUAUUAUUGAUGUCAAUUAUCUAUCGCUGGCGUCAAGUUUGUAGAGUAAUUCUAGACAUUUGGAGAUAUGCUAAGGAUAUAGGAAGCUAUAGGAAUACUAUGUGAGGACGCCUGAGUUACGUUACAUAAUAAACUACCAAAUAUUGGCAAAGUGGUCGCGGUAAGUUGUGACCAAUUUAAUGUGGUUAGGGGAUAUGUCACGCAGACAUGUUUUGGAUCAUGAGGCUGAAUUAGGAAGAACCUUGAAGUCGUGGAAUUUUAUCAUUUAGGAAAGAAGCUGCUGCUACAGUUUUCUACACUAUACAAGUUUCAUAAGAAGUGCAGGAUUAAUAUUAACAAGAUGAAGGGAAGAAAUAACGAGGAAAUACCUUAAUGGUUGGGGGAUACUGGACCCAGGGUCGUAACACCAUAGACCGUCAUCACAUCACCUGCUGUGAAUGAUUUAAGCAAAACAAAAUAAUAAAGUUCAGAAUUGAAUACUUGUGUGUUGGACCACAUAAUAUUUAUGUAGCUAUACUAGUUACGUAAGAGUAUUACCAAAUUGACAUGU